AUGGAUGAGAAGGUACCGAAUCCAGAAAUUGGUAUGGAGUUUAAAACAGAGAAAGAUGCAUAUGAUUUCUACAAUAGUUUCGGAAGGAAAGUCGGUUUCAGUAUUCGAAAGCAUAGUGUAAAAAAAGACAAAAAGACAGGUGUAUUGAAAAUGAGAGAUUUUGUUUGUUCCAAAGAAGGUAAACGUUCAUUUGAUAAACGUGAUGUUAAUGUGAAGCAUCAUCGGGAUGAAACAAGAACAGGUUGUGAGGCACAUAUGAAAAUUAGAUUGAGAGUUGAUGGAAAAUAUCGUGUUACUGAUAUUAAGAUUGAUCAUAAUCAUAUUCUUGCAUCUCCUGAAGAAACUCAUUUGUUGAGAUCACAACGAAAAUUUACUCAAGAAGUAGUUGCCGAUAAUUGUGAUAAUGCGGGUAUAAAGUCAAAAGCGACAUAUGAUUUCAUGACUAAAUAA